AUGGUUACACUGAGAAUCGGAGGCUUCGAUGUGAGAAGGGUGUUGGUAGACCCAGGAAGCGCAGUGGAGGUAAUGUACCCUGAUUUAUACAAGGGGCUGAACCUAAGGCUGGAAGAUUUGACGGCUUAUGACUCUCCCCUUAUCAGCUUCGAGGGGAAGACUGUUACGCCAAAGGGGCAGAUCAGAUUACCCAUACAGACUGGAUCAGAGAUGGUGGAGGUGAAUUUUAUCGUGGUCGAUGCCUACUCACCCUACACAGAGAUAGUAGCCAGGCCAUGGAUCCAUGCCCUAGAAGCUGUAUCCUCCACACUUCACCAAAAAGUAAAAUACCCAUCCAGAGGCCAAGUAGAAGAGAUUCGUGGAGAUUAG